AGUGCAGAAGAGCCUGCCUAGAGUACCAAGAUAGUUAUUGGUACUGUACCACGGUUCGUGUACCUUCGGGCCAAUGACUUUCCUACAUUAACCAGGAUGAUGGAUAAUGAUUUCACCACUCAUUAUCCGUUUUCUGUUAUUUCAAAUUGAUCGAAAUUGACAGAAAUCGGCUACCGUUAAUCAACAUGUUAGGCCAAAUCCUUGUGUUAUGGGUGUUUCUCAGCCUGCCUACAGUAUCCUCAGUUGCCCUGAAGUAUUUUUACAGAGCGCUCUCACAAUCUACUGGCCUUCCAGAGUUCAGUGCUGUUGCGUAUUUGGAUGAGGAACCAAUAUAUUCCUAUGACAGUUCUACAAAGGAAGUGGUAGCUCGACAGGAGUGGGUUAAAGAAGCCGUGGAUCCAGACUUCUGGGGAAGAAGUACACACAUUCUUAUGGAGACUGAGAACGUGUUCAAAGACAACAUGAACACUGCAAGAGCUCGCUUCAACCAGACAAGUGCCCUAGUAUUGCAGAAACUGUACAAGUGUGAGUGGGAUGAGGAAACCGGUGCUACAGAUGGACAUGAACAGUAUGGAUAUGGAGGAGAGGACUUCCUUUUAUUUGAUAUGAAGAAUGAAAGAUGGAUUGCACCUGUUCGUCAGGGACUCAUCACCAAAAUGAAGUGGGAUGAUAAUGUUAAGCUUAAAGCCAAAAUUCACUAUCUAACCCAUACGUGUAUUGAAUGGCUGAAAAAAUAUGUUCCCUAUCAGAGAAGCAUGCUGGAGAGGACAGUCCCACCGCAGGUAACUUUGUUUCAGAAAAACCUCUCCUGUCCUGUGACUUGCCAUGCAACAGGCUUCUACCCGAAAGCAAUCAAGAUAUUUUGGGGAAGAGAUGGAGUAGAGAUCCAUGAUGAUGUGGUGCAUGAAGAGACCCUGCCUAAUGGGGAUGGGACGUAUCAGAAGAGAACCCAUCUCACUGUGUCCCCUGAAGACCUACAGAAGUACAACUACACAUGCACUGUCCAACACAUUAGAGGUGAUGAUGUGGUUCUGUCUGCUAACAGGGACAGCAUUCGCAGGAAUAUUCGCAGGCACUACAACAUCACCAUCACCAUCUUCAUGGUCUUUGUAUUGGUCACAUUGGUCAUCGGUGUUGUUGUAAUAAAGAGAAAGGGCUGGAAAGGAAAAGAUCCAACAGCUGGAAAGGAAAAACAGUGUCCAACAAGUCUCCCGGAGAAGAAUGUUCUUCUGCUCAACGAUGCAAAACCUGCUGAAAUGGAGAAACCAAAAAUGAGCCAUCCAGCUGAUACUCUCCAGUGCCCGAAUCAAGACGACUGGUUACGACAGAUCGUCCAACAGAAGCGGUACAAUUUCCUCAAGCUCUUCAAAAGUCUCUGAUGACUGGAGACUAUACAACUCCUCUUGUCAAGACAUUUUAGGUUGACUGCAGUUGGAGGGGUGUCUUCUUUUUGUGAUCUUGGACACCUGAAUUAUCCGUGGAGUUACAAAAGCCUCUUGCGAGCCUGCCGACAUGCUGGCUACUCUCCUCCGGGAAAUUCAGGAUGGUAACAAAGGUAUUUCUAUGAAAAUUAAUAAGAAAUCGGCUGAACUCCAUUCUUCCAUUGACGACCUGAAAUCCUCCAUGAAUGAUCUCCUUUUGAGAACGACUGAGGCAGAGUUGCGCAUUAGCACAGUUGAAGAUACCAUCGCUCAACAUGACCAGGUCUUGAUACAACUGCAAAAGGACAAUGCCUACCUCAAAAACAAGGUAGAUCAGAUGGAGAACCAGAGCAGACGUAGUAAUAGCCGUGUGGUGGGAUUGAAAGAGGACAGCGAGGGCCGUGACCCGGUCCGUUUCUUCACUCAAUGGAUUCCAGAUGUCCUAGGCAUAAUCAACUUCACCAAGCCACUGGAAAUCGAACGCGCCCACAGAA